AUGGUGUUGAACAGCUUACUGGAUGUGGCCUACACGUGCCAAAACGACGAUCCAUGGACGGAUGCAUCGCUGUACUCGUUCCUAUGUGAUGGCGUACAGAUUGGGUUUGUCCCGCAGAGCGUUUGGGACGCCGUGCAAGAUUGUAUCAAGACAGUACAGGCACCGCUGCAAUGCGAGGGACGGACCAUGACGUUUGCACCCACAUGCUCGACCAAGGAUGCGCGGACAGAGGCCAUUAACCAAGUAGCACAAUGGUUGCGUGAACAACGCCGUUUCCCGGAUCCAUUGGAUGGCUGGCGAAAUGAACAGUACGGUAUCUAUAGCCUAGGGCCUGCCCAACGCCCCAUCAUCGCGUUUACGUUGGAGCGCUCGGCGUGUGCGCUCUUUGGCUUUGCUACGUAUGGCGUACAUUUGACGGCGUAUACGCCUGACCAUCGUAUCUGGGUCCCUAAACGUGCGGCCAACAAAGCCACGUGGCCGGGGUACUAUGACAACUCCGUGGCCGGCGGCAUCACGGCUGGUGAGAUGCCAUUCGAGACGAUGGUCCGCGAAUGCGAAGAAGAAGCCGGUCUCGACGCAGCCUUGGUGCGCGCACAUACACACACCGCAAGCGUCAUUACCUACUUCUACAAGACACCGCUAGGCUGGCGCCAGCCCGAGAUGCAAUACAUCUACGACUUGGCCCUCCCAUCCAACGAUAUUCAGCUAGCGCCAUCGGAUGGCGAGGCUGAGUCGUUUGAACUCAUGGACAAAGAUACGAUUCUGCAACGCAUGUUCGCCGGUGAAUUCAAGCCCAACUGUACAUUGGUCCUCCUAGACUUUUUCAUUCGGCACGGAUGGCUUACACCCGAGAACGAAAAGGACUACUCUGCCAUAGCAGCCCUGCUUCACACACCACUGCGUGUUCCCACGCCAUAA